AUGACAGAAGGAAUGGACAGAAGGAACAAAGGAAUGACAGUAGGAAUGGCAGAAGGAAUGACAGAAAGAACAGUAGGAAUGACAGAAAGAACAGAAGGAAUGACAGAAGAAACAGAAGGAAUGACAGAAAGAUCAGAAGGAAUGACAGAAGGAAUGACAGUAAAAAUGGCAGAAGGAAUGACAGAAAGAACAGUAGGAAUGACAGAAGAAACAGAAGAAAUGACAGAAAGAUCAGUAGGAAUGACAGAAGGAAUGACAGAAAGAUCAGUAGGAAUGACAGAAGGAAUGACAGAAGGAACAGUAGGACUGACAGAAGGACUGACAGAAGGAAUGGACAGAAGGAACAGUAGGAAUGACAGAAGGAAUGACAGAAAGAUCAGUAGGAAUGACAGAAGGAAUGACAGAAGGAACAGUAGGACUGACAGAAGGAACAAAAAGAAUGACAGAAGGAACAAAAAGAAUGACAGAAGGAACAGUAGGACUGACAGAAAGAAUGACAGAAGGAAUGACAGAAGGAAGAGAAGGAAUGACAGAAGAAACAGUAGGAAUGGCAGAAGGAAUGACAGAAGGAACAGAAGGAAUGACAGAAGAAACAGAAGGAAUGACAGAAAGAAAGAUACAGAAGGAAUGACAGAAGAAACAGAAGGAAUGACAGAAGAAACAGAAGGAAUGACAGAAAGAUCAGUAGGAAUGACAGAAGGAACAGGAGGAAUGACAGAAGGAACAGAAGGAAUGACAGAAGAAACAGAAGGAAUGACAGAAAGAUCAGUAGGAAUGACAGAAGGAAUGACAGAAGGAACAGGAGGAAUGACAGAAGGAACAGAAGGAAUGACAGAAGGAACAGAAGGAAUGACAGAAGAAACAGAAGGAAUGACAGAAAGAUCAGUAGGAAUGACAGAAGGAACGACAGAAGAAACAGAAGGAAUGACAGAAAGAUCAGUAGGAAUGACAGAAGGAAUGACAGAAGGAACAGGAGGAAUGACAGAAGGAACAGUAGGGAUGACAGAAGGAACAGUAGGAAUGACAGAAAGAUCAGUAGGAAUGACAGAAGGAACAGAAGGAAUGACAGAAGGAACAGUAGGACUGACAGAAAGGACAGAAGGAAUGACAGAAGAAACAGAAGGAAUGACAGAAAGAUCAGAAGGAAUGACAGAAGGAAUGACAGUAUUAUCUGGACUCAUGCUGGGAUUGAACCCUGGACCUACAGGGAAUUACAGGAACCUCAAGUUUCUAAUAGGAAAUAAAAAUAAUUUUCUUACUUCAAGCCAUCUUUCUUAUUCAAGUGAUUUCAUCAUAAGUUUAAUAAGGUACAAAAAAGAAGACAAUCAGGGUUGUAAACUGGUGGAAGAAGAAGAAAUAGUCUAUACUCUUGGUAUUUAUUUAUUAAAAAUGGUUGUAAACUGGUGGAAGAAGAAGAAGAAGUUAAAUAGUUUUUUCCUCAGUGUUUCUUGUUUGAUAGAUAUUUUCCGUAGACAAAGAAUGUUUGGUUUAUAUCAUAACUUGGUGAGAUAA